AUGAAGACUUGUGGAGCUCUACUGGUGCUGCUGUGCUGCUGUUUGGCUGAGACACAGCUUAGAGGAGACACCAUCAGUGACAAAGACAUCACUCACCAGGGCCACUAUGGUGAAGCAGAGACCAGAGAAAAUGAGGUUAUGGGUGCAGCACAGAGGACUGAAGAUGCAGCCACAGCCUCCACCCAACAAACCUGCCAGCCUGACAUCCACACUGUGCUGAGGGAGAUGAGCGCUCUGAUCAUGGAGCAGAGAGUGGAGCUCAGAUACACGAAGACACAAAUGGACGCCAUGGAGAGCAGACUGAGAGUCAGUGAGAAUAAAGCAGAGACUAUGGAGACCAGACUGAGAGUGAGUGAGAGGACAGUAGAGGAGCAGAGAGUGGAGCUCAGACACACUAAGACACAAAUGGAGGCUGUGGAGUCCAGGUUGAGAACCACUCGGGCAGCGAAUCUGAACCUUACGGUGGGCCAGGUGGAGGAGCUGAGGAGGGAGAGAGAGCAGAGGAGGGUGUCGUUCUCUGCCUCAGUGGUGACAUCUGGUAGUGCACAAACAGGACCCUAUUCAGCUGCAACUACUCUGAUCUACAGAAAUGUCAUAUCCAACAUUGGCAACUGCUACAACAAAAACACAGGGGUCUUCACAGCUCCAGUCAGAGGGGUCUACCACUUUGCUGUAUCUCUCUCAGGUUCAGGUUCUAGAGCUGCAGCAGUCCACCUUUAUAAAAAUGGAGCGCACGUUGUCAUCGCUUAUACUCACACACAAAACAGCUUCACCAGCUCCUCCAACGGAGCUUCUCUGCUGCUGGAGGUGGGAGAUGUUGUCUAUGUGAACCUGAGGGCUCAUGCGUGGGUGUAUGAUGAUAUGGAACGCUACACCACCUUCUCUGGCCACCUGCUCUUCACCAUGUGACAAGUCAGUCCUCUGGCUUUAAGGAAAUAUUGUAUCACUCGUAUUGCAAUGUUGUGUUUUGUGAUACUGUAUUGAUUCCCAAAACCAUCUGUCAGUGUUGUUUGCAGAUAAGGAAAUGUGAAUUCCU